GCGAAGAGUUACAGAUAGAAGAGGGAAAACCCUAAUUUCGGAACAAGAAGAACUAGAGAGAAUUAUCUAUCUGUAUCUUUCUUUUACUCUUAGAACUAAAAUCAUCAAAAUAAAAUCUAAAACCCAAUUCAAAUCUCCCUUAAAGAUCCUACCUUUUCUUCUGUAUACCUUUUUUUUUUUUUUUUCCUGCUAGCUCCUGGUUUUAGAUUCCUAGUUAUGCAGGCAGAUCAGACGGUGAUAAGCUUGAGACCUGGAGGUGGUGGUGGUGGUCGGACUGGCACCAGACUUUUCACGUCUUGCCUGGAAUCCUCCUCCUCCUCCUCUUCCUCUUCAUCUGAUUCCCAGAUUCUGCGUUCUGCAUUCAAGACUGGGGAUUUGAGGUUUGAAGGUCAUGACCGUGUUCAGUAUACCCGUGAAGUGUUAUUGCAACUAAAGGAGGUUGCUGGUAUCCAUGAGGAUAUUUUGAAGAUAAAACAGGAAAUUGAGUCUGAGUUUGCUGGUGAUAAUCACACCUGGGGCUUGACUAAUGGCACUCUGCAACCUCAAUCCCAGAAUCAUUAUUCUGAGCCAGACAACCGUGAUUGGCGUGUUCGGUCUGCUGCAUUGGGAGAGGAGAGAUCCUCAGAUAUCUCUAGCGACAAUAAGGACUCAGGGCUACAUAAGUCAGAUGUUAGUCAUGAUCAAGUAGGCUCCCAGUUUGCAAAAGCUCAAAUUUCCUCCUGGGUAGGACCUACUCCUACCCUUGUUAAGGCUGAAGUCCCAUGGGCUGCUCGAAGAGGGAAUCUCUCUGAGAAGGAACGCAUUUUAAAGACAGUAAAAGGUAUAUUGAACAAAUUGACUCCAGAGAAGUUUGAUGUUCUCAAGGGUCAGCUGAUUGAUGCUGGCCUUACAACCCCUGAUAUUUUAAAGGGUGUUAUCUCAUUGAUAUUUGAUAAAGCUGUUCUGGAGCCCACAUUUUGUCCAAUGUAUGCUCUUUUGUGCUCUGACCUUAAUGAGAAGCUUCCUCCAUUCCCAUCUGAUGAACCUCAUGGGAAAGAAAUUACUUUCAAGCGGGUCCUCUUGAACAACUGCCAGGAGGCAUUUGAAGGGGCAGACAGUUUGAGGGCAGAAAUUAGGGAGAUGACUGCCCCCGAGCAGGAAAUGGAACGAAGGGAUAAGGAACGAACAGUCAAGCUGCGAACUCUGGGCAACAUUCGCCUUAUUGGAGAGCUCUUGAAGCAGAAGAUGGUGCCUGAAAAGAUAGUGCAUCAUAUUGUUCAGGAGCUUUUGGGACAUGAUAGUACAUGCCCUGCUGAGGAGAAUGUGGAGGCUAUAUGUCAGUUUUUUAACACUAUUGGGAAGCAGCUGGAUGAGAACCCGAAAUCUAGACGAGUCAAUGACUUGUAUUUUAACAGGUUGAAGGGACUGACAACAAAUCCAGAACUUGCACCACGAUUGAGGUUCAUGGUUCGUGAUGUUCUCGAUCUCCGGGCAAACAACUGGGUGCCUAGACGCGAAGAGGUUAAAGCAAAAACUAUAACUGAAAUUCAUUUGGAGGCAGAAAAAACUCUGGGUCUUCGACCAGGUGCAACUGCAAACAUCAGAAAUGGUCUAAAUGCUGGUCCUCUUGGAGGUAUGUCUUUAGAGGGUUUCCCCAUUUCAAGGCCUGGCUCUGGAGGUAUGAUGCCUGGGAUGCCUGGAACCAGGAGGAAGCCUGGAAUGCCAGACCUUGAUGCUAAUAACUGGGAGGUUCCUCGGUCUUGGUCAAUGCCAAGGGGCAAUGGUUCCGGUCCCACUCAGUCUGUUGGGCAUGUCCAACAACCUUUUCUUGGCAAGUCACCAUCCCUGCCUUCUAAAUUUCUUCCUCAAGGCAGUGGUGGUAUGAUAGCUGGAAAAACAAGUGCAUUAUUGCAAGUUAAUGGUGCACCUCCAGCCAAACCUCCAAGAUUUGAACCUGAAAACCAGAAGCCUGUUGUGUCAGUUGCAGUGAAGUCCCCUGAGAAGCCACUGGCUACCACAACAAAAUUAAAUCCUGCAGAUAUUCAAAAGAAAACUACAUCUCUGCUAGAGGAAUAUUUCAGCAUCCGAAUGCUUGAUGAAGCCCUGCAGUGUAUUGAGGAGCUCAAAUCUCCAGCUUUCCAUCCCGAGGUUGUUAAAGAAGCCAUUGCUCUUGCACUAGAAAAGAUUCCACCAUGUGUGGAACCAGUAAUAAAGCUUCUCAAUUUCAUGCUAAGCAAGAAUGUCUUCACUACCAAGGAUAUAGGAACUGGUUGUCUUCUAUAUGCCUCAUUGUUGGAUGACAUUGGCAUUGAUCUACCAAAAGCACCAAAUAACUUUGGUGAGAUUCUCGGACUACUGUGUGCAGCUGGUGGUUUGGACUUCAAGGUCAUGAAGGCAAUUCUAUCAAAGUUAGAAGACCGAAAUUUCCGGAAAUCAAUCUUCAGUGCUGCCAUGAGAAGCAUUAACUCUAGCCCUUCUGGGCAAGAAGUGUUGGCAUUGCAGCAGGCAGACGUCCAAGCGUGUGAAAGUUUUCUUCCAUAGCUCAAGACUAUUCCUUGUCAGUUAUCAUGCAUUGAGCCAUCAACCAUUUGGUAUCAUCAAUUGGGGGAUCAAACAGUCGCAGAUUUUACAGGUCCCCAUAAUCCCACAUUUUCAUUCUCCGUAAGUUCUGAAAUAUUUUACCUGUUCAAUGGACAAGAAAAUUGCUAAUUAAUUUAUUUACAUUUUUUUUUUGAGGGUCUCUCCUAUAAUUUUGCCUGUCAAAAGAGAAACAUAUACAGUGGUGUUUCCCUUGAUGAUUAGUUUCAUGAUCCAAUUCUUAACAUAGAAUUUUCCUGUACCAUGUUUUUUUGUUACCUAGAUACAAGAAUGAUGAGACCCUCAAUAUUUCCUUCAUGGGUAAUGUUAUCAUUUUGUCUUCCCCUCACCUGUUGUCUCUUUUUCUCUUUUUUUCUCAUUAUGUGUCAUUGGUGUGUGAUGUGUGCUCUUUCUUGAUAUGGAAAAAAAAGGCUCUCGUGGGUUGCAAACUUGCAAUGUCAUGUCAUCGAUGUCUCACCUUCCCCCUCACACAAUCAUCAUGAUAAAAAAAUACAUGCAUAUCCGGAGUAAGUACUUCAAUCUAGAUUUGCUCAAAGUCAUGGUAGGUGGAGCUGGAAAUUUUAUUUUUUCAGUUAAUGUAAGUCACGUAAUAUUGUAAAUUAAUAGUAUGAUAAAUU